CUGAAAAAGGAAAUGUGACGUAACUUAACCUAUACAUCGAUACUCCUUGUCAAUGUUGUUAGCUUACAUUUGACGUACAAGUAAUCAGUGCAUUAUUUGUAAUUAUUUUAUUUCAUAUGAAAUAAAGUAUAUCAAAUGGAAUAUGUUAAACAUAGAAUUAUAAUUUUUUAAUAAUGAUUUUAUCGAACAUUAUUAAAAAUAUUAUUUUAAAUGGAUCGAUCUAUUCGGUCAACUUUAAAACCUUUUCUUAAUCUUAAGUCGCGCGUCUUAUAUUUUUGAAUAAUUAUCGUAUUAUAUCCUAAUAUAAUAUUGUUGUAAUUUUACCUGUAAUAAUUCAUAGAGAAAAAUGAAAAUCAACGAAAAAAAUAUGGUUGCAUUUGCAACAUCCGCAACACCGAUAGAUAAAGAGGGUUGUUUAAAUAAACGCGGUGAAGUUAAUCGAGGAUAUCAACGAAGAUGGUUUGUUCUUAAAGGAAACAUAUUAUUUUAUUUUGAUCGACGUGGUGACAAAGAACCUGUAGGUAUGAUUGUCCUUGAGGGGUGUACUAUCGAAUUGACAGAAGACGAAGAACAGUUUGGAUUCAAAAUUGUAUUCCAUGGUCCAAAUAAUAGAAGUUAUGCACUUGCAGCUGAGUCACAAGAAUCAAUGGAACAAUGGAUGAAAGCUUUGGCAUGUGCCAGUUAUGAUUAUAUGAAGUUGAUGGUAGCAGAAUUACAACGGCAAUUAGAUGCUGCGGAAGAAGAAGUUGAAACAGUAACUCCACCACUUCAGUCACCUAAAGCACCACCAAGACAAAGACAUAAUCCCUUUAACAAACCAGAAUCUCAUCAUCGUUCUCAGAGUGUUAGAUCUGCACCUGGUAGAACAGAAAAUGUACCUCGUACAAGAAUUACAUUUAGAGAAUUACAUACGGCAUAUGGGAGAAGAAUUUUGGCAGAUCUAAAUGCAUGGAGACAUGAAAAAAAAAAUGCAGAAGCACCAUUGAUAACUCUCUAAUUAAUGGCAUUGAUAAAUUGUAAAUAUUUAUAUAAAAAAUGUAUUAAUGUAUUAGAAGUGUUAAAUAAGUUUAAUGUUAAUACGAAAACACUUUUCUUUGUUUUUAUUUACAUACGGAUUUAAAUUAAUUUUCGUUUAUACUAAUUGUAAAUUAUUUCAAUAUAAAGUAUUAACGUAUAGGACGUGUGAUA